AUGCCCGUGGCCCUGAUCAAACCCGCCACGCCCUGCGAACAUAGUUUGAUGGCUCGCAUCAACCAGCACUUUUCUGGAAAGAAAAAGCCCAAGGCGCAAAAGGCCAAGACAGCACAACGUGGUAAAGCAGUGGCUUCCACCACGGUGGCCGUCGCUGUCAGCAGUGAUGAGCCUCCUCCCACUUGCCCUACCUUGGCUGUUGAACACGCCAAGAGCGGGCGUGCUGCCUGUCGCGCCUGCGAAGAGAAGAUUGCCAAAGGCGACUUGCGCUUUGCCGUUUUGUGCGAGGCAGAACCAGGUUCUCGAUACCGUGGGCCCGUUCCUCGAUGGUAUCACAAGGACUGCUUCAUAGACGGCCUCGAGAAUCACCCCGAUGUGCCUCUGGAACUGAUCGAAGCCAAAUGGCUCACGAACAUUACACUUCUCGAGCCUGACGAAGUCAAGGACAUCGAUGACAUGUUCGAUGAGGCCCGCAAGGACAAAGGCCUCGCCAAACUGCCGCAGAAUAAGCGGGCCAAACGCGCCGAGGACCGUGCCGAAGUUGCUGCGACCGCAGCUCUCCUCUCUUCUGAAGCAGAGAACCAAGCAAAGCUGCAGGCGCAGAGCAAGGCUGUCUGGGAGGUGCGAGAUCAAUUGGACGCCAACUUGACCACAGCCGAUUUGGUGGAGUUUCUGGAUUUGAAUGGUCUUCAUACCAACGGCGGUCGCCCCAAGCUCCUGGAACGGGCCGCGGAUGCCAUGUACUUUGGCACACUACCAGCUUGCGAUAUAUGCAAGGAGACCGAGUGGCAUUACACGCGCGAAGGUUACGCCUGUCAUGGCGACGUGGAUGAGUGGACAAAAUGCAACGUCGUUACUCAAGAGCCAAAGUUCAAGAAAUGCAAACUCACCGCCGCCGUCAAGGCGAUCCCCGUCCUUGGAAAGACAAAAUGGACCGCCAAGCAGCGCAUCUUUCCUGCGCCCCGCCCAGACACCGAAGUGGUGGCGUUCACUCGUAAGCAACCCAAGGUUCGUUUGUGGAAAUGCUGUUGUCAAGGAUCAACUCAGUGUCUUGCAUUCCUUGCCAAUUCUUUGUCGGCUCUUCUGGCUCACUGUAUAUUUCCCUGCCUUACCGUGACGGGAUUCGGCUUCUACCAGGCCAAAAAAGCAAAAUCUGAGGCAUCUGCUUCAACGAGUAAGACACUCUUGGUCAAAGGCCGUUGCGCUGUGGACGAUGCCGUUGAGUGUGGAGAAGCUUACACCGUUGUGGACGACGGUAAGCGUUCGCACCUCAGGCGUGCCUCCCGAAUCCAUCAUCCAAUGGUGAAAGAGAGAAACUCAUGCCUUGUUGAUAUGAGCGCAGGAACUGUCUGGAACGCCUCCAUGACGUUGGUGGACAACAAAACUGGAACCAACAGCUUUUACAAGCUGCAGCUUUUGCAACAUGAUGCAAGCCGUGCCUAUUAUCUCUUCCGCGCCUGGGGCCGUGUCAAUACAGAGCGUGGUGGCUCCAAGCUGCAGUCUUGCCAUGGUUUAUCACAAGCCAAGACCGCUUUUCAAGACCUCUUUCAGGAAAAGUCAGGCAACGUUUUUGGGGAAACGCCUUAUCAGAAGGUGCCAAACCACUUUUUCCCCUUGGACGUGCAAUAUGCUGGCACUAGCGGAUCCAAAGCUGGCUUUGGUGAGACCUCAACCUUGCCAAAGCCAGUCCUGGAGCUCCUCCGACUCAUUGGUGAUGAAAAGCUCAUGAGCAAUGCCUUGCUGGAAAUGAGCAUUGAUACGACCAAAAUGCCCCUUGGCGCUCUCUCAAAACGGCAAUUGCAAGAGGCCUAUAGUGUACUGACCACCAUCUCCGAGCUUCUUGAGGCUGAUCUCUCACAGAGCGAGCUGGAGCUACGCUUGAGCUCAGCCACCAACCGGUUCUACACGCUCGUGCCACACGAUUUUGGCGAAGACCGCCCUCCGCUCAUCGAUUCCGUGGUGGCAAUUCGGGAGAAAACUGCUUUGGUGGAAACACUGAUUGAGAUGGCAGUUGCCAUGGCCUUGCUGCGCGGCACAGAUGCAGAGACAGGCGCGUCAGAUCCUGCUGAUGCUCUCUAUGCGCGCUUGCACACAAAGAUGCAACCUCUCGAGAGCUCCUCGGAUAUCCAUAAGAUGAUUUGCAAAUACAUUCGCAAUACACACGCCGCCACGCAUCGCUCCUACAAAUUGCGUGUGGAUGAGGUGUUUGAAAUUGCACGGGAGGGCGAAGCUGAGCGUUUCCAAGAAAAGUUUUCACAUGUAGAAAAUCGCAAGCUCUUGUGGCACGGAUCUCGCUUGACUAAUUUCUGCGGCAUUCUAAGCCAAGGCUUGCGUAUCGCGCCGCCCGAAGCCCCAGUGACCGGCUACAUGUUUAACAAGGGCAUCUACUUUGCCGACAUGUGCAGCAAAUCUGCCAACUAUUGCCAUGCUUCUCGCAAUGCGUCGACGGGAUUGCUGCUUUUGGCCGAGGUGCCACUGGGCGAAUCCGUGGUUAAAACGUCUGCCGACUGCAACAUUCGCCUUCCCAAGGGCAAGGACGGCCGGGUUACCGUGCCGCUCGGCAAAGCUACGAGCGCCGAUGUCAGCCGCACGGAUCUACUCUACAAUGAGUACAUCGUGUACGAUGAGUCACAGGUCCAACUGCGCUACCUAGUGCGCUGCACGUUUGACUUUUAA